CCAAUUCGAAUCCUCUGAGCACCUUCCUCUCUACGCCGGCUGGUAACCCAUUCCUGGCGGCACGGGCACUGAGGUUGUACGGCAAGCAGACAGCCAAUGUAGUCAUGGAGACCGAGCCCCAAGCUGCGGCAGACAUGCUUGCCCUUCUUGCGUGUACGGACCCCAAGUCUUGCCUAGUGGAGUUGGUCAGGCUCAAGGACUUUCUGUCCAAGCCCAGUGCGCCCGGCCAAGGCAAGGUUGCUGCAGAGCUGGUGAUGCAUGCCCCUAUCCUGCUCACCACGCUACUGGGCCAGGAAGCCUAUGAGAACUUGUCCAAGACUAAGGGCCAGGCACGUGUCAAUCUCCUUCAAGCCAUGCUCCACCA